UCUGAUUAUUAUUUAGUGCCCAAAGUCAAGGAAAUGAGAGAUCCCAGAGUAUAGACUCCUGGGCUUUCAGACACAGAGACCAGCAGGACUCCAGUCAUUUAUUCGACUCCUCCCCCAGGCACCUCUACCCCACUCUCCAGGAUUUCAUUUUAACCAACUCUGCUCAUUGCUGCACUGCAAACCCAAGAAUCACAGCCUCCAGACUUUGCACAGAGUUGGUUCAAGGAUGUCAGUGAAGUAUGAAGACCUCCAGUCCUUGGAGAGUGAGAAGAAAAGCCAGGGUUCUAGAAAUGGGCUGCCUCCUCCCCCAGCCUUCCUGCAGCAUCUCUGCUCUGGCCCCUGGCCCCUUCUGCUCUCUCUGGGCCUCAUCCUUCUCCUGAUGAUUGGCAUCUGCGUGAUUGGAUCCAAAAAUGCCAACAUGCGGAGGGACCUGGAGACCCUGAGAGCAACUUUCAGCAACUUCACCUCCAACACGAUGGCUGAGGUCCAGGCACUGCACUCCCAGGGUGGCAGUAUGCAAACAACAAUAACAUCUCUGAAAGCUGUGGUGGAAAAGCAGGAGCAGGAACUGCAAGCAGCCCGUAGCCUGAAUGACAAGGUGUUUUCUCUGGAGAGCAAGCUGGAGAAAGAGCAGCAGGAACUCAAAGCAGGUCAUUCUGAAAUGCUCCUGCAAGUCCAGCAACUCGUCAAAGGCCUGAACUCCCUGAAUUGUCAGAUGGCUGCGCUCAAGAGCAAUGACUCUCAGAAUACCUGCUGUCCCAUUAACUGGCUGAAGCAUGAAGGCAGCUGCUACUGGGUCUCUGGUACUGGGAAGCCCUGGCCCGAAGCCGAGAAGUACUGCCAGCUGCAGAAUGCCCACCUGGUUGUCAUCAACUCCAGAGAGGAGCAGACUUUUGUCCAGAAGCACAUAGGCUCCUCAUACACCUGGAUGGGCCUCAGUGAUCCUGAAGGAGCCUGGAAAUGGGUGGAUGGAACAGACUAUGAGACCAACUUCAAGAACUGGAAGCCGGGCCAGCCAGACGACUGGCAGGGGCAUGGGCUGGGUGGAGGUGAGGACUGUGCCCACUUCCACCCGGAUGGCAAAUGGAAUGACGACGUCUGCCAGAGGCUCUACCGCUGGAUCUGUGAGGCCAGCAUAGGAGUGUCUUAGAGCUGCUUCCUGUGGACCAUUGAGCCAUGGACAUGGCAGGGAUGGGGGAGGGAUUCUUCCCCAGACACCCCUAACAAGAUCUCUGUGGGAGAGAAAUGAGCCCUGGGAGAUUGGAGCACUGCCAUCAUUUUGAAUAUUUUUCUCCUUAACUUUCAAAGAUUGUAUAGAGUUCCUAAGGUGUUUUUAAAAAUUAAAUUUCAGCUUGAUUGAGGUAUAAUUGACAUAUAAAACUUUAAGUUAUUUAAAGUAUACAUGGUUGUGAUUUGACAUAUAUAGUAAAGGAAAGACCCCAUCUAGUUAAUGAACACAUCUAUAAUUUUACAUAUUAAUUUUUUGUAUGAAUACUUAAGUCCUAUUUUCUUCGCAAAUGUCACUUAUACUAUAGAGUGUUAUCAACUAUAGUCACCAAGUUUUACAUUAGAGCCUCAGACCUAUUCAUUUUAUAACUAAAAGUUUGUACCCUUUUACCAACCUCUCCAUAUUUUAUACCCCCACCACCCAGGCAACCACUUUUCUACUAUUUCUUACUAUGAAUAUGAUAUUUUCAGAUUCCACAUAUAAGUGAUGCCAUGCAGUAUCUGUCUUUCUUGGUCUGGCUUAUUUCACUUGGUAUAAUGCCCUCAAAGCCCACUCAUGUUGUGGCAAAUGGCAGGAUUUCCUUCUACCUCGUGAAUGAAUAAUAUUUCAUUGCUCAUAUAUACCACAUCUUCUCUAUCUAUUCAUCCACUGAUGAACACUUAGGUUGUUCCCAUAUCUAGGCUAUUGUUAAUAAUGCUACAAUGAACAUGGGAUGCAGAUAAACCAUUUUCACUUCAUUUGCAUAUAUUCCCAGAUGUGGGAUUGCUGGAUCAUAUGGUAGUUCUAUUUUUAAUUUUUGCAGAAAGCUCCAUAUUAUUUUUCAUAGUGGUUGCCCCAAUUUACAUUCCCACCAGUAGUACAUAAGAGUUCCCUUUUGCUUU